AGCAUUAUGGUUUCGAGGAUCGGUUUCGCAUCAUGGACUCGCCCCCGAAAGUCCAACCCACAGUCUCUUUAAAUUCCAUUUCGCACUAAACGAUUUUCCAUAGCCACAAUUGUGAGCUCUUCGGCUAUGGCGGAACCACCCGACCCGGCUGCGGAGGCAGUACCCGGGACCCCAUGUAUAACCGAAAUCAGAUACGACAAGGGCUCCGAUUCUGACCCGUUUGGGCUCGGGCCCGCCGGAAGUGGCGAUUCGACUCCGGCUCCUGGGAUUCGGAGGUUUAAUUUCAGAGCUGUUAUUGAUACGAACCCGCCGUUCGGCUCGGUUAAAGAGGCCGUGACCCGGUUCGGCGGCAGCGGUCCGUGGAUACCCUUCUGCAAGCAGGGGAUUGAGGAGUUUGAUAUUAAGAGAAUGGAGGAACAGACAGCAGAGUUGGAGAAGGAUCUGAUUGUUAAAGAACUGGAAACACUUGAUGUAUUGGAAGAAUUGGGUGCAACAAAACGAAUGGUGGAAGAGUUAAAACGGCAGCUGCGGACUGAAGCAUUGAAAUGCUUUCCGGCCCCAAACUUCCAUUCAGGGGAACAGACUCCAACUUCUUCUGUUAAAGAAAUGGAGGAAUGUUUUGGUGAUCUCAUUUGCAACCACGAGCAGCAUAUGUUGGGAGAUUCAAGCCCAUCGCCUGAUAUGAUCUUAAUGGAGUUGAAGCAAGCAAAAAUGAACCUUGGAAAGACUAUUAAUGAUCUGGGUGUCAUUCAAACUUCUGUUGAAUCUCUCAAUAGGAAAAUGAAGAAGGAGAAGAGCUUGCUGGCAAAGAGACGAGAUGGGGUAGCGCUGAAGUUUUUGGGGCCAUCGACAUUGGAUGAGGAGCGAAAACCAAUUCCAGUCAAGUCCCAAGUGACUGAUGAUGUUGAAUUUAAAGAUGUAUCUGAGAAUUCAUUCAAUAGAGCGAUGGAGCUUCCUCAGGUGAAUCUAAGGGGUGGACAAAUAAAGAAUCCAGAUGGAGCGAAAUCCGAUUAUUCGGUGGGUGUGGCCGGGAACGAGCACACGAAGGCUAGUUUGAGGACUGCCGAGUUAAGGUUGCUCGCAGCGAGAAAGAUGGAAGAGGCUGCAAAAGCGGCAGAGGCAGUGGCUCUAGCUGAAGUUGAAGCUCUAAGUGGCAUUGAUAAUUCAGCUGGAUUUUCCUUACAAGAGCCAGAGACAAUGGUAUUUAACUUCAAGGAUCAGUCUUUUCUGAACUCCAACACUAAGAAAUCUGGGGAAUACCCAAAGAAAAAUGAAGAUGUUAUGGUUCAAUUGGACGAGACAAAUCCUUCUAAAUUAAACAUUGAAAAGAAGUUGAAGGAAGCAAAAGAAGAACUUAAUCUUGGUAAAAAAGCAUUGGAGGAGGCUCUAAACAGAGUUGAACUUGCAAAUAGAAAGCAACUAGUUGCUGAAGAGACUCUAAGAAGAUGGGUACCAGAACAUAAGGGGCAUGCUUUCUACUACCCCAGUGCCCUCAACAAUUUCCUCCACCCUUCCGCCCUCGCGAAUUUCCGUCCCUCCGUUCAUCAAGCUUCUCCACUGCACAGCAUGAGUAGGCCAGAUCUUGUAAAUAGAGAUUCAAAACCUGUUCUAAGAUCUACGAUUUCGAUGCGAGAUGUGCUGAGCAGGAAGCAAGGUUUAUCUGGAGACAACAUAGCAAGAAUGGAUGGGCAGCAGACUGAAAAACAGAAAGUUGCUUUGAGUCAAAUGCUCCAUCUCCAUGCACCAAGGGAGGAUCUAACAUUUCCUUCAAAAACAGAGAAUGAUAGAAAUUACCAAAAGAAUCCCUCAACAGAAAGAAAGAGGUUUGGCUUCAUUCAGAUAGCACUCCCCCUGAUGAAGCAAAGUAAGAAGAAGCCACAAUCACAAUCAUAAACAGAAGAAGGAAGCAAGUGUGAGGUUCUAACAUAUUAAUUUUAUUCAUUAGUCUCUUUCGGUUUUCAGUGAUGUGUUAUAAUACCACAAUGUGAUAUUCAAUAAUCUCCAGCGAUCUUUGCCAUUCGUUGUUAAAUGUUUGUUUCUAAGUUUUUUUUUUUUUUUUNUUUUUUUUCUAGUGGAACUGGUUAUGAUGUUUGAAUUUCACUGUUAUGUGAUUGAUGUUGGAAGUUUAUUUAUUCUGUUGCUAUGAUGAGAUAUUGAGGUGCUUGAAUUUGUC